ACCGCCCUUGCAGUCAGGCACAUCUGCUCCCCUGGAGGUGUCCUACAGGUGAAAAGCCCAGAGUCCUGGCCACAAAUAUGAACUACCAAAAUAUGGAAAACUUUGACUGGGAAAAUUACACCUGGGAGGAUUUCGGAAACUACAGUUACAACACUGACCUGCCUUUCUUGCCUGAAACUGCCCCAUGCCGGCCAGAAUCUCUGGAUAUCAACAAGCAUGCUGUGGUUGUCAUCUAUGCCCUGGUCUUCCUGCUGAGCCUGCUGGGAAACUCCCUGGUGAUGCUGGUCGUCUUGUACAGCCGGGUCAGCCGCUCUGUCACUGACGUCUACCUGCUGAACCUGGCCCUGGCUGACCUGCUCUUCGCCCUGACCUUGCCUAUCUGGGCUGCCUCCAAGGUAAAGGGCUGGAUCUAUGGCACAAUCCUAUGCAAGGUGGUCUCACUCCUGAAGGAAGUCAACUUCUACAGUGGUAUUCUACUGCUGGCCUGUAUCAGCAUGGACCGUUACCUGGCCAUUGUUCAUGCCACGCGCACACUGACUCAGAAGCGACACUGGGUCAAGUUCAUAUGCUUAGGCAUCUGGGCUCUAUCUCUGAUCCUGUCCCUGCCAAUCUUUAUCUUCCGCAGGACCAUCUAUCCACCUAAUUCUGGCCCAGUCUGCUAUGAAGACUUGGGUGCCAAUACAACAAAAUGGCGCAUGGUGAUGCGGGUCCUGCCCCAGACCUUUGGCUUCCUCGUGCCACUGCUGGUCAUGCUGUUCUGCUAUGGACUCACCCUGCGCACACUCUUUCAGGCCCACAUGGGGCAGAAGCACCGGGCCAUGCGGGUCAUCUUCGCUGUCGUGCUCGUCUUCCUGCUCUGCUGGCUGCCCUACAAUCUGGUCCUGGUGGCAGACACCCUCAUGAGGCUCCAGGUCAUCAAGGAGACCUGUAACCGCCGAAAUGACAUUAACCGGGCCCUGGAUGCCACCGAGAUUCUGGGCUUCUUCCACAGCUGUCUCAAUCCCCUCAUCUAUGCCUUCAUUGGCCAGAAGUUUCGCCAUGGACUCCUCAGGAUCAUGGCCACCCAUGGCCUGAUCAGCAAAGAAUUCCUGGCCAAGGACAGCAAGCCCUCUUUUGUUGGCUCUUUUUCAAGGAGCACUUCUACUACCCUCUAAGACCCCCAGCCCUGGUGCAGCCCCACAGGGCUCCUCUCCUCCUGUUAGCACCCAAGCCUCAAGUCUACUGGCUAUUCAGAGUGUCUGUGGCAGGCCAGCCCCUCAUUGUGGUCACAGGAAGUUGCUGAGGCCGUGACCUUGCCAGCCCCCAGUGUACGGUCGAGAAAGCCCGCCCUGCAGCCUCGCCCCUCACUGUAAUUACUAUGUCAACUGCUAGAGCUCUGUCCAUCCUACCACUCAGCCCCUAGCAUUCUGUCCUCGGAGGUGUUUCAAAGACGUGCUUUCAAGUGAGUUCACAAAGUUCCCACCGUUGGGAGCCAUCAGUGGCAAGCACCGCGAUUAUUUCCCCAACUCUCCCUUUCCUUGCUUGCUAGCAAAGUCUGCUUCCCGUGGAGAGGCCAAAAGUGACAGAUACUCACUUCCGUGAUUCCGGUAAGCUAGGAGUGGCCAUAUUCUCCAGUUUCAACCAGGAAAACUUGUAGACAAGAGUGUGCUGGUAAACCAGUCUGCUAUGGAAAGAAAAACUCCUGUUUUUGUAGUGUUCACCAAGUUCCGUGUUAUAAACACUCCCACCAUGGCAAUUUCAAGGGUGGAGAUGUUUAGCAAGCAGCUCAAAAAAUUCUAGAAUGUAAUAAUCUGUUUUCAUAAGCAGGUACAAACUGGCUUUUGCAAAACAUUGCUCAAAUGGAGUCUGCUAGGGCCAGGGGACUCCUGGGAAAUAUUCCUGAUUUAGAAAGAGAAGAACACACAAUCCUACAGCUUUGGGUCUUGUGUUUGAAUAUGGAUAUAGGAUAUGAUAUGUGGUACUGAGGCAGCGCUUUUGUGAAGAUGAAGCAAAAAAAAAAUUUAACACACUUAGGCUGAUGAAGUCAGAGGACAAAAAGAACUUAAAAAUGAAGAACCCAGAAAUAAACCUGAGCAAGCACAAGAAGAGAACUGGUCUCUUACCUUACAUCAUAUACAAAAAUUAACUCAAAAUAGAUUGAAGAGUUAAACAUAAGAACAAAAACUAACUCUUAGAAGAAUAGAAGGGGUAAAAUCUUCACAAUAUUGGAUUUGGCAAUGAUGUCUUGGUUAUGACACAAAAAACAGAGGCAACAAAAGAAACAAUAGAUAAAUUGGCCUUCAAAGUUAAAAACUUCUGUGCAUUAAAGGACACUCUUCACAGAGUAAAAAGGCAAACCAGAGAAUGGCAGGAAAUAUUUGCAAAUCAUAUAUCUUAUAAGGGGUUAAUAUCAAGAAUAUAUGAAGAAGUCCUACAACUCAACAGUGGGGAAAAAAGACCUUGUUCAAAAAUGGGCAAAGUAUUUGGAGAAUAGACAUGCCUUCAAAGAACACAUACAAAAAAACAAAUAACGAGUAUUGGUGAGGAUAUGAAGACACUGGAUGCUUGUGCAAUGCUGGUGAGAAUGUAAGAUGGUGCAGCCAAUAUGAAAACAGUGUGGAGGUCCCUCAUUAAACCUAGAAUUACUCUAUGAUCCAGAAAUGUCAAUUCUGGGUUUUAGCCAAAAGAAUGGAAAGUAAAGACUCAAAUGGAUAGUUGUACACUAAUAUUCAUAGCAGCAUUAUUCCAGGGAUAGCCAAAAAGUAGAAACAACCCAAAUGUCCAUCAAUGGAUGACCGGAUAAACAAAAUGUCAUAUAUGUGUAUACAAUGGAAUAUUAUUCAUUCUUAUAAAGGAACAAAUUUCUUAUCUUAUAUAUGCUACAACAUGAAUAAACCUAGAAAGUAUUAUGCUAAGAGAAAUAAGCCAGAUGCAAAUACUGUAUGAUUCCACUUAUAUGAGGUACCUAGAAUAGUUAAUUUGAUAGAGACAGAAAGUAAAGUAGUGGUUACUAGGGGGUUGAUGGAUGGGGAAAUGGGGAGUUAUUGUUUAAAGGAUAUGGAAUUCAGUUGGGGAAGAUGAAAAGAUUCCGGAGAUGGACAGUGGUGAUAAUUGUACAACAAUGUGAAUGGACUUAAUGCUAUUAAACUGUACAUUAAAUCUUGUUGUGUAUAUUUCAUCACAAUGUUUUUUUAAAAACAUAGUU